AUGGACCCAGGCCCGCCCGACCCAAAACGACCCCGUCUGUCAACUGCCUCAUCAUGGUCAGCAGGUGGUGCGCACCACGGUGUGUCGCUCCUACAUCCCACGCCAUCUCCGACUGCUGGUCAACAGCAUCCUCAACAUCCUCAUCAUCUUAACCACCCCACGCCUUCGCCGCGAUAUCAACAAACCUCCCCUCACCCGUUCUCACGACCCCAAGGUCCUGGUGAUCCCGGCGCCGCGCCUGCUGUCUCGCAUCCCCAUCCGCCGCCGCCGCCGCCGCCGCCGCCGCCGCCUCCGGCUCCAUCGCAGCAAGGCCCCGUCGACGACCGGCGACAUCAUGAGCCCGACCGAUAUCCGCCUAUGCAAGACCACCACCGACAACAUCAUCCUUCAUCUCAGCCACCACCAGCACACCACCAGUACAACCCUGGAUACCAUCCUCCGAGAGAAGUUGUGGUGAAGCAGGACCCGACCGACGAUAGCAACACUCCACCACACCUAAGGAGGCCCAAUUCGACGGGCCAUGCUCCCGACGGCAUGACACCAGGGACCCCGAUGUCAGCUCUGCCUCACCAAGGUUACCCUGAAGAUAAACGCCAUAUGAGCUUCGACAAUGGCCCCCAACAAAACAUGUACAGACAGCCGAGUUUCCCUCCUCAGACGCCUAUGGCGCAUGGUCAACCAUCAUACGACUACCCUCCUCACUAUGGACACCAUGGCGACCUUCCCUAUAUCCAGAUUGCCCCAGCGGCGGGAAAGCGCAAGGCGCAAAGAGCAUCGCAGGCUUGUGAUAUGUGCCGGCAGCUGAAAGCCAAAUGUGAUGAGCUUAAACCCUGUAAAAGUUGCAAGGAAAAGAAGGUUGAAUGCAAGUACCGCGAGGCGGUACCAAAGCAACAAGACAAAGUGGCGGCCGAUAUCUUGGAGAACCUGAUGGCUUUGAGAAGCGACUUCAGCAUGUUCAACCAUCGCAUUACGAGACUGGAGAAGAGAUUGGAACGCGUCGCGCCUGCGUUGGAAGCGCAUCCGGAAAUGAUGUCGUCGGAUGAUGAUCGUCCGGGUUCUGCUGACUCAGCAGCCAUCGAAGAUGGCUACAACUCAUCGUCGCCAGGAGGCUCGGAAAACGCAACAAGGACACAGGCUCCUAUAGAUACACAGGAGGCGCGCAACAUUACGAAGAACAUGGACGAAGAGAAGGAACAAGAGCCUGGCCCAUUUGUACGACCUGGAGCGCCCGCCAUCCCGCUGAACCAUACGACACUGGCUGCCCUUCUUCUGAAGUGGAAGUCGAUAAAGCGCCUAGCGCAACGCUAUCUGGAUGUCGAGAACAUCAAGUUUGUCGAAGAAUAUCCUAUUCGACAGGAAGAGAGGCGGGGACUUCUUAGGUUAUGGGGCAGAGGAGAAGGUCUCGACAGCAGCCGCAUGGACAGAGAGUCCAACCACAACCUGGGUAUGAUGGAAGUUAUUGACGACUACUCGGAAACGGGAGCUCCAUCACCUGCGGAUUGCUGGGGCGGAAUUAGCGGCUCACCUGGGCCGAUGGACCACAGGUCUACCAUGGUUGGAGUCCAGACAUUGGACUUUUCGGAAGAAACCGUCUGGAAGUACGUGCAGAGCUAUCUGGACAACAUUCAAAAUAUGCAUCCGCUCAUAAUACCGAGAGAGCUGCAUGCGAUGGUGCGUUUGUUCUUGGAUGGCAUCCAGCAAAGCACCAAGAAACCUAAGGGUAGUGCUGGAAUCGCAAAGUUCGUUGGAGCGCCGCCGCUGAGCUCGCAGGGUGAGACAGGGGUCAAAAGGAAGCGCUCCCCGGCACCCGACGGCGCAGACUCGCCAUCAAUGCUACCGAGGUCGGGGAAGCCGACAUUUCAGCGGUCCAUCAACAACGCGCUUGUGUUGCUGGUUCUUGCUCUGGGAAAAAUUUGUCUGAUCAAGGAUAGAAAGAUUCCGGAUGUCGUGCCUGUGAGUGAGCCUUCACAUGGGUCGCCAAUGGUACGCAACGGAUAUCCCGCCUCUCCUAUACAGGGAUCUCCGCCGUCCUAUGGUUCACAUUCUCACUCGGCGGGUCUACCUUCGCCAAAGGAUAGCGCAGAUAGGUCGGGUCCUAGCAGGCGGCAGUCGUUCCAGGGAGGUGGCGCGCCUUCUAUGAGGGUAGGAUCACUCAAACGGAACAUGGAUGUGAUUCCGGGCCUGGACUAUUUCGCAUACGCGACAGAUAUCUUGGGAGGGCAGCUGGCGGGAACGAGCCUGCGGCACAUUCACGCGUACAUCUUGGCGGGUUUGUAUCAUGGGCAGAUGGGAAGAGUCAUGGAAAGCUAUGCCUACAUCAAGGAGGCUGGCUGGGCUUUGCAGAUCAAGAUGAGACCGAGCCUCGAUCGGCUGAAGAAACUUCAAGAAAACCACCCAUUUAAUAUUAAUGCCGUGAAGGAGAAGUCGGAUAAUCAGAUCGUCUUUGCCUUUUGGACAUGUCUGCAACUUGAAAGUGACAUCGUGGCCGAGCUCCCUCUCCCACAAUCCCACAUCCUUGCGUUUGAGGAGAUUAUGCCGUAUCCUAACAUCAAUCUGGCCAAGAUGCACGGCUUCGAGGAGCAUGUCCUGCAAAGCUACCUUGCUCAGCUUUACCUCCGAAAGUCCUUGAACCAAAUUCAUCAAAUGCUUUAUAACCCCGAGGAUCCGCGAUCACUAAAGGCGCAAAACGGCACCCCGCCAGGAAAUAUCAUCGAGGUCAUCACGAAAUCUCUCGAUCUACGCUUCGUCCCUCCCGAGUACAAGUUCACGCACGAUGAUCCGCCAGCUGGAGACCUUCUUUCCGCCCGACUACGUGCCAAGUACUGGGGAGCCCAAGUCAUCACCUACAGGCCGUACAUCCGACAGAUUCUGGAGUCAAAUGUGGCUCAGAUGGCGACAGCCGAAUCCCCGAUGCCAGCGAGCACCCCCAGUGACGCUAUGACUCCUCUCGAUACCCAGAUGCACAGCGUGAAUGGCGAGAUCACUCAGGAUACCAUUGAGUAUGCGAAGAAGGGAAUCCGGGCUCUGAUUGAGAGCACCAGGGCUUUCCAUGGUCUGCCAGACAAGCGGUUUGUUGUCACUAACAUCUUUGGCACUGCGCAUGCCCAAUGGGGUAACCUCCUCACACUCGCAGCGGUGUUCAAGGAUCCAACACUUCAUCGUCAUGUUAACGAGCAGACGCUUAAGGAGCUCUUCGCCAGGACCAUAGCCUUUUUCAGGAUCAUCGCCCAGCCAACAAGCGCACUGUCUGUUGACAUGCGCAUUCUCGAGGGCUUGGAGCGCGAGUUGUGGCACAAGCCCAACAGUGUAGACAUCAUGAUGGAUAACAAUCACCAUGUUAGCUCCUUUGUGGGCACACCAUUGUCAGGCCCGCCACCGCCGCCCCCGGGCCCUAGGCCGACAGCACACUCUGCACCACCACUAGGACCACCAGGGCCACCAGGACCGCCGGGACCGCCGGGACCAUCACCACAGAUGCCAAGGAGUCCGAUGCCGCCAAUACAAAAUAGCAUGCAUGGCCACGGGCCCCAAGAUGGCAUGAUGCCUCCUUUACCUCCUAUCCAUCAACACCAACACCAACACCAACACCAACAUCAACAUUCACACCCCCUUUAA